AUGUCGGUGAUGCAGAAAAGACAGCACUGCUACCUGUGCGAUCUGCCCCGUAUGCCUUGGGCGAUGCUGCACGAGUUUUCCGAAGCGGUGUGUCGCGGUUGCGUGAACUAUGAAGGCGCAGAUCGCAUAGAAGUCGUGCUGGAUACAGCUAGGCAAUUAAAACGAGCGCACGGAUUUCAAGAAGGCAGAGGCCCGACGCACGCGAAAAGCGCCCACCGAGCGCCUUUAGAAGCGCACCAGAAUGGAGGCGAGAAUACCGGCCGAGGCCAACCGGCACCACCAGCACAUCACGCGCCCACUGCAGGCUUUCCGCUUCAUCACACACGUCCUACACCUAGCGCGGGCUUAUUAGCCGAGUACGGAAGUCGACGAGAAGAGCACGAAGGACGGCGGUUGACGCAUUUGCCCACUCAUCAUCUUCCUACUCACGCGGGUGCCCGUCUCGCCCCUGGACUCACUCUUAAGCGGCCACUUGAUGACGAUGAUCACCAAACACACCAUGAGCCUGCGAAGAGGCUUUUAGAAGAGCACUCCAGACCCCCGCUAACACGCGGAGAGUCCCUUCCGGCCGUGUCCCUUGCGGCUCCGUUCGCCCCCGAACGAGUUUUCAAGCAAGAGAAACAUCCACUCCGCACGCCGUCUUUCGACGCGUCCUCGUUCAAAACUAACGGCUACUCGAGCAACGUAAGUGGCGUCGGAAGUGUGGGUGGGGCUAGUGGUGCGACUCUUACCAACGGCGCUGGGGGGUCUCCGUUGGGCAGAGCGGCGGCUUCGCCCCCGGCCGGCGGGCCUUCGCCCAUGGCGGCGCUCAUGUCGGUGGCAGACACGCUGCCCCCCGGCAGCCCGCGCUCCGCUGGGGGCUCCCCCCCUCAGCCGCCUCCCCAACGCUCCAACAGCCGCUCCAGCCAGCACUCGCCCAACUCCUCAGGGUCGAACGGCGGGCGGCGGUCGUCGGGGUCGCGGCACGUGUCGUCCACGACGUCGGUGUCGUCGAGCGAGGCGGCCGACGCCGAGCCCGCGGCGCCGCUGCUCAAGUGCACGCUGUGCCAGGAGCGCCUGGAGGAUACGCACUUCGUGCAGUGCCCCAGCCAGCCGCACCACAAGUUCUGCUUCCCGUGCUCAAGGGACUCCAUCAAGCGCCAACAGGGCUCCGAGGUGUACUGUCCCAGCGGGGAGAAAUGCCCCCUGGCGAACUCCACAGUUCCGUGGGCGUUCAUGCAGGGUGAAAUCGCCACAAUACUAGGCGAGGAGUUCAAACCGAAGAAGGAGCGGGAGACCUAG